AAAAUCCUUGAUUUCAUUUCCUGAUUGGCUUUUACCUCUUUGCUCAUCUUGUUAAUAAAACAAAGUGCUUUAGCAAGUGAUCCCGCUAACAAAGUUUCUGUUUGCUGGCCCCUCAUGUCAGUUUUUGUCAUGAGAUCUUUAAUCUCUUCUGCAAUUGCAUCAUUUAUUGCUGUUAACAAUUCAUAUUUUCCAUCUUUGCUGCCAGAACAAUUAGAUUCCGCAGAACUACCGCCAUCUCCAAGGAGAUCGGCAAAAGCCCAGCGCUUCCCAGGGUACAAGAAACGGCUUUCUUGUGUGUGGCUUGCUAUUACAGCAAGCUUGUUGGUACGAUUCAUAAACAAGUGUGAGUUUCCCAGUACCAUCACCGCAUCGAUACAUUUUGAUAGGGUGAACUGCUCCGCUUCCCCCUGCGCCCUCUUCCCCCACCAGAUGGGGUUGGUGUCGAUGACGAUGACCAGCAGGCUCAGCUCAUCGUCCGCGCUCAUGCCGCCGCCGCGAGGUGCCAGCCGCUCCCGGCGCUUGCAAAUGACGCGAGGGCCCGGCGUGACGUCACGCCGAGGGGCGCUGCGUCAUGCCCACGGCUCCGGCGAGGCGGCCGGCAGCGGAGCGGAGCGGGGCGGGGGGGCUGCGGCCAUGAGCACGGACGGUAACGGGGACCUGAUCGAGGCGUUCAGGGCGCAGCUGAGGGACGACCCCGACGUGGCCUCGGCGGUGGCCGCCAUCCGAGCGCUGCUCGGCUUCCUCAAGCGGGACCGAGGUGAGACCAUCCAGGGCCUGAGGAGCAGCCUGCUGGACGCCAUCGAGACCCUGUCCCGCGUGGACUCCUCGGUGGCCGUGUCCUCCGGCGGGGAGCUCUUCCUGCGCUUCAUCAGCCUCACCUCGCUGGAGUACUCGGAUUACUCCAAAUGCAAAGAAAUCAUGAUCGAGCGUGGGGAGAUUUUCCUGAGGAAAGUCUCGCUCUCAAGGAACAAAAUCGCCAAGCUCUGUCAUCCUUUCAUCAGAGACGGUGCUCGGAUAUUGACACAUGCCUACUCAAGAGUGGUCCUCAGAGUGUUAGAAGCAGCUGUUGAGUCAAAGAAGCGAUUCAGCGUUUAUGUUACUGAAUCACAGCCAGACCAAGCAGGGCAAAAAAUGGCAAAAGCCCUGAGGAAGCUGGACAUUCCUGUGACUGUGAUUCUGGAUGCUGCAGUUGGCUACAUUAUGGAGAAAGUGGACCUGGUCUUAGUUGGUGCUGAAGGUGUAGUUGAAAGUGGAGGCAUUAUUAACAAGAUAGGCACAAAUCAAAUUGCUGUGUGCGCCAAAGCUCAGAAUAAACCAUUUUAUGUGGUAGCAGAAAGUUUCAAGUUUGUAAGGCUUUUCCCUCUAAAUCAGCAGGAUGUCCCAGAUAAGUUUAAGUACAAAGCAGACACUCUGAAAACAGGUCAGAAUCUAACAGAGGAACAUCCCUGGAUUGACUACACAUCACCAUCACUAAUCACAUUACUGUUUACAGACCUUGGUGUGUUAACUCCGUCAGCUGUCAGUGAUGAACUUAUUAAACUCUAUCUGUAACAGAAAGGACACUGUGUACAGAAUGUGUCAUCUUCAAUGACUAUCACAGUUGUAAGAAAUCGGAAGAUGAUAUAAGUUAUAUGGAUGUGGUAAGAAGACAACAUUAUAAGGAUUAAAGUAAUUAUGAGCCUUCUUGAAUUUAAGGCAAAGCAGUACCAGUGGAUGGACCACUGAUAAAAAAAAAAUCCAAGUCGCUACAGCUUCUGAAGACCUGAAAUAAAUUGUUUUAAAGAUGGGUGGAAUAUUUUGAUACUGUAAAAUAAAAUACCUUAUGGUGCAUUCAGUCUCA